CCUGGUACCCGGAGCGGCUCUGACUAACGUUAAAGAAGAACUUACAACAAUUAGAACCAUCCAACAGUGGAUUCUGUGCCUCAAGAAUUAUCUAAUUUGCCUGCCUAGGGAUUUGCAGGUACAGACUGAAGCAUUUUAGCACAAGUCGGUUUAACGUGUGGCCCUAAAGAACUGGAAACCCAAAGGAACCAAUAUUCCUGCCUCACAGAGUCCCAUCUUUAGUGGGGCUGCUUCUGGAGUUUAUAUGAUGACCAAGGUCCUAGGCAUGGCCCCAGUUCUGGGCCCUAGGCCUCCACAGGAGCAGGUGGGGCCUCUGAUGGUAAAAGUCGAGGAGAAAGAAGAGAAAGGCAAGUGCCUUCCUAGCCUGGAGAUGUUCCGCCAGCGCUUCAGGCAGUUUGGGUACCAUGACACCCCUGGACCCCGGGAGGCUCUGAGCCAACUCCGGGUGCUCUGCUGUGAGUGGCUGAGGCCCGAGAUCCACACCAAGGAGCAGAUCCUGGAGCUGCUGGUGCUGGAGCAGUUCCUGACCAUCCUUCCCCAGGAGCUCCAGGCCUGGGUGCAGGAGCACUGCCCAGAGAGCGCUGAAGAGGCUGUCACUCUCCUUGAAGAUCUGGAGCGGGAACUGGAUGAACCAGCACACCAGGUCUCAACUCCUCCAAAUGAACAGAAACAGGUGUGGGAGAAGAUAUCCUCCUCGGGAACAGCAAAGGAAUCCCUGAGCAGUGCGCAGCCACAGCCCAUGGAGACCAGUCACAAAUAUGAGUCUUGGAGGCCCCUGUACAUCCAAGAGACUGGUGAGGAGCAGGAGUUCUCUCAAGAUCGGAGAAACGUCCAAGAUUGCAGAUUGAGUACCCAGCACAAGGAGUCAGCAGAUGAGCAGAAAGGUUCUGAAGCAGAUGGGCUCAAAGGGGAUAUCAUUUCUGUGAUUAUCGCCAAUAAACCUGAGGCCAGGUUAGAGAGGCGGUGUGUAAACCUUGAAAGUGAAAGAGGAACAAAACCCCCUUUUCAAGAGUCAGGCUCCAAGAAAGGUAGAGAAUCAGUUCCUACUAAACCUACCCCAGGAGAGAGACGUUAUAUAUGUGCCGAGUGUGGUAAAGCCUUUAGUAAUAGCUCAAAUCUCACCAAACACCGGAGAACACACACUGGCGAGAAACCUUAUGUGUGCACCAAGUGUGGGAAAGCUUUCAGCCACAGCUCAAACCUCACCCUCCACUACAGAACACACUUGGUGGACCGGCCCUAUGACUGUAAGUGUGGAAAAGCCUUCGGGCAGAGCUCAGACCUCCUUAAACAUCAGAGAAUGCACACCGAAGAGGCACCGUAUCAGUGCAAAGAUUGUGGGAAGGCUUUCAGUGGGAAAGGCAGUCUCAUUCGUCACUAUCGGAUCCACACUGGGGAGAAGCCUUAUCAGUGUAACGAAUGUGGGAAGAGCUUCAGUCAGCAUGCGGGCCUCAGCUCCCACCAGAGACUCCACACCGGAGAGAAGCCAUAUAAGUGUAAGGAGUGUGGGAAAGCCUUCAACCACAGCUCAAACUUCAAUAAACACCACAGAAUCCACACCGGGGAAAAGCCCUACUGGUGUCAUCACUGUGGAAAGACCUUCUGUAGCAAGUCAAAUCUUUCCAAACAUCAGCGAGUGCACACUGGAGAGGGAGAGCCGCUGUAACUGUCAAAUACACUCGUGUCGUCAUUGUUUUAAAGUUUAGAAAGUGAACAACAGGAAGAAGUUUUGUCAUUGCAGUAUUGAUUCCAACGGUAGAGUUUGUAUCACUCAUCACCAGGGGAUGCCUGAGGAGUUAGAGCUCCACAGUGACACGGUAGGCAGGAGGUCCUCAGUCGCUGUCUGGAGGUUCCACACUCACCAGUUCACUGGGACAGAGCCCCCUCCUCACAGUUAGGGUCCCAGUAAACCAUGCCAGCAUCACCUUUUGUAUAGUUAAACUGACUUGUAUCUGGUAUAGUUAAGAAAGAAACAUUAAGACUAUUUCUGUUUUGACAUAUAUUCAAGAAUUUUCAUUGGUAAAGAAUUGAGCCACACUGAACACAAUUGAAUGAGAUUCAGAAUAAACUUGUAACAGUU